AUGCAUCUGGGAAAUAGGCAUACAUCCCCCACCGGCACGAUACUGUCCGAUCACUCUCAGUCACGCCAUUCUCUUUUCAAACCGAUGUGGAUGCAGAAACUUCUCGGUCACUCCAUCUUUGUGAAAGACGAAUCACGUUGUCAAAGUCCAGAGAGUGUCAGUAAUAGCAUUGAUGACACAUCGCCCUGGCCGCCGGUGUCUCUACAAGGCCAGUGGAAUCACUCGACGCAACCAAAGGACAAAGAGAGACCUAUUACCAGCUUGCCGAGACAGACGACCUUUAAAAGGCAGAAUUCAGAGCGACGUGAACGACUAUUUCCCGUCGACCCAGUAUCGCAGGAACGUCGUGCUGUCUCGGCCUCACGACAUACAUCGACAUGUGAUAUGCAAAGGCCGCGUGCCAGAUCAUCACCACCACCAAGCUUCACUUUCCGUGCAUCAGCCCCAGCUGUCUCUUCUACUGUCGAAACGCCGCUGCUGACAAUUAAUGCUCCUGCACUGCCCGUAGAGCUAGCUCCUCCGACCCCUCCUCUACGUGAAGACAGUGUCUUUGAAUACGAGGAACGUCCGUCGCGGCCAUUAUCGAGGGCAUCUUCUUAUUGUUGGGACGACAGUCACCGAGCUCAGCUACAACGUGAACUUGACACGAAAUGGAUAUUGAAUUUGUCUAUGCAUUUCCGAGAUAAAUCCGAUCGAGAAAAGUUCUUCGUGACAUAUGCCGAAACGCCAACGAAAUGGCGUCGAGUGACAGUUUCCUGUGAUUAUCGUCGCGCUGAGAUAGGAUCCCUCGAAAUUGAUUUGAAGGAAUUGCAGUUUCAGAGGGACAAGAGUUUGGCCAUUUACGAGGCAAUCCACGAGUCAUUGCCAGAAAUUCAAUUCUACGAAACAGUGACUAACCUCAAGUUGGAAACAAGUGAAGGUAGGUUGCAUGUUCAUGUGACGGAGGACGUCAAUGAGAUCAUUUCGUAUCCUCAACGAUCGAUGGUGCGUCAUGUCCUUGAUGAUCCAAAUCCAUCUGCUAGGCCAAUGCAGCUGUGUGAAAGUGAGAUUGCCUUUGAUGCUCAUCUGUCAGGUUUUGUUUACCGAGUAUGGCAUGAAGGCAGGGCCUAUAUAAAAAAAGAGAUUCCUAGUCCGGACACCGUCGACGAAUUCCUAUAUGAGAUCAAUGCUCUACAUUCUCUACGAGACUCGGAACAUGUCAUCAAGCUGGAAGCGAUCAUUCUGGAUGAUACAAGGCAGGUAGUCAAAGGGCUGUUGAUAGGAUUCGCGGAGCGAGGUGCAAUUGUUGACUUGCUGUACGACCAUAAAGGCCGAAUUCCGUGGGAACAUCGAGAGCUCUGGGCUCGCCAAGCUGUUACCGGGCUUAGAGAUAUUCACCAGGAAGGGUACGUGCAAGGAGAUUUCACUUUAUCGAACGUUGUCGUGGAUGAACAAAACCACGCCAAGAUCAUCGACAUUAACAGACGAGGUUGUCCUGUUGGUUGGGAACCACCAGAGAUUGCACAGAAGAUUGCGAGCAAUCAGCGAAUUUCGAUGUAUAUCGGUGAAAAGUCGGAUUUGUACCAGCUCGGGAUGACCUUAUGGGCCCUGGCCAUGGACGAUGAUGAGCCCGAACGGCAUGACCCUCCUUUGACGACGGAUGAUUUUCCGGCCGAAGUGCCAGACUGGUUCAGAGAAAUUGUGCGAAUCUGUUUAUCGAAUGCGCCACGAGAUCGAUUAUCAGCAACCGAGCUUGUCAAGCUAUUUCCAGCACUCACUGAACCAAACAGCGAUAUUGUCCACCCAGUUGGGCUUUCUCCUCGGCCACACAGCCUCUCACGACUGGAGCCCAAACAGUACAUCGAUCCUGGUGCUGCUGUUGAACGUGAUGACCUCGAGAGGUUCAAGCAUGAGCAAGAGUUAUUGUAUUCACCACAGAGUUCUAAGGAUGACUGGACCUUUACAUACCCACAAUCAUCACAAUAUGACAUUCAGAGCACAGAUUCAAUGUUCGAGAAUAUACGAGGCCGAGCCCUUGCGAAAGACAGGGCAUACAAGAGCCAGGGAGAGGAUUCAACUGAUUUUGAGCUUGGUUAUCAUGAUGACGAUGAUCUGGUGUAUUCUAGCGCCGCGCUUCGUGGGUUCUCACAAGGUCGAGACGAUAUCUCCGAUGUCAAAGAUCAACGUUCUUACCAGACUAACCCGAAGAAUUUGAUUCUCCCUGGUACGACUGAUAGCGGCUUGGAAACGACGAGGAUCGUGCCAACCCAAGCACCCCAAACACCCAGCCCAUUUCGCUUGCCAAAAUGGCAAAGGUCAAGGUCAGCAGAUGAUCUAACACCUAAAACGAGUAAAGUACGACUAUCGACAGAUACGUUGAGAGGUUCUCCCGAAAUCAGUCCUCGAACGAGUACACUGGAUCUGCCGGAACGACCUGCGUCUGCUGGUCCGAUUCAGUCAGAACGCAGUAGUAAUGAUACAAUAUACGCUUGCGAUGUCAGUGUCGGGGAGACAAAUUUCUCCGGCACCACUGCAUACAUACGAGGAUCCGAUUCCGAACCAAGUGGCCCAAAGGUACUGGUAGAGCCCUCGCCUCAUGACCACCACGUUUACGAAGAAUACAAAAAUAUGCCCACAAUUCCGAUACUCAAGAACCACGAAAAUGGCUACGAUGAACCUGAUAUGCAUGAAUUGACGAAGAUAUGA